AUGGCCUUCCAAAAGACCGUCAAGAGCUCUCCCUACUACAGCAGAUUCCAAGUGAAAUACAAGAGACGCCGGGCUGGAAAGACCGAUUACUAUGCGCGAAAGCGAUUGAUUGCCCAGGCAAAGAACAAGUACAACGCUCCGAAGUACCGACUCGUCGUUCGCUUCACCAACCGAGACAUCAUCACUCAAUUGGUCACCGCCGAGCUGACUGGCGACAAAGUCUUCUGCGCUGCUUACUCUCAUGAACUCAAGAGAUAUGGAGUUGAGAACGGUCUGACCAACUGGGCUGCUGCCUAUGCGACCGGCCUCCUUCUCGCUCGCCGUGCGCUCAAGAAGCUCGACCUUGACGAGGCGUUCACCGGUGUCGAGGAAGUAGAUGGUGAAUACAAGCUCACCGAGGCUGCUGAGGUGGAUGGUGAAGAACGCCGCCCAUUCAAGUGCUUUCUUGACGUUGGUCUUCACCGAACCUCAACUGGUGCUCGUGUCUUCGGCGCCAUGAAGGGAGCCUCCGAUGGUGGUCUCUUCAUCCCUCACAACGAGAAGCGUUUCCCUGGCUACGACCCGGAAGGCAAGGAGCUUGAUGCCGAUACCCUGCGCCGAUACAUCUUUGGUGGUCACGUUGCUGAGUACAUGGAGACUCUAGCAGACGAUGAUGAGGAGCGCUACAAGUCGCAAUUCAGCAAAUACAUUGACAACGAAGUCGAGGCUGAUGGUCUUGAGGAGUUGUAUACUGAAGCGCAUGCUGCCAUCCGAGAGGACCCAUUCAAAAAGGACGAAGAUGAGGGUGAGAAGAAGGACAAGGAAUACUGGAAGGCUGAGGGCAAGAAGCACAAGACCCCCAAGAUGACCAAGGAGGAGAAGGAUGCCAGAAUCAAGGAGAAGAUUGCUGCUCUCACUUCCUAA